AUGGCUGUCAACUUGACCGAAUCUGGUGUGCAAACCGCAUCACCCGUGACCGUGAGCCUUCGCGACCUGCAUUCAGGUAACACAGUAAACAAGAUGCUUCGCAAAAAUGACCAUCUCAUCAUUGUGCANGGUUCCGUGCCAUUCGAGGCCCUCGAAGAUGCUUUCGGUCCCGAUUCCUUGGGCAUUAUUGUCGUUCGUGACCUGCCAUCUGAGUUCGUCUCCAUGAGAAAGGCCCUGCUGUCGUAUUCUUCGUAUCUGGCCAAUUUACCUCAGGCUGAGNNCUUGGUAUGUCAUUCUUGCUUCUUCUUCGUUGUGUUCGGAAACUCAUAUCACCAAGAAAAACUUGAAGAUCCUCAAAGCAGCUAUCUCGUAGGCUGGAGUUGCGGCAAGGAGACGCUCAAGGACGGCAGGUACGACACGCUCAAGGGAUCCUACUAUGCCAACCCCGUACAGAACCCAGACUUGCACCAAAAGGCUGUCGAGAAGUUCCCCAAUCUUCCAGAGUACACCGCGGCAAACAUCUGGCCAAGCAACGAUGUUCUUCCUGGCUUCGAGCACGCCUUCCAGUCUUUGUGCGCCUUUAUUGUUGACACUGCUGCACUGGUUGCCCGGGCCUGUGACCGUUAUGCAGUCAAGAAUGUGCCUCAAUACCAAGAAGGCUAUCUCGAGCAUGUUGUCAAGACGAGCAUCUCUACGAAGGCCCGUCUGCUCCACUACUAUGCACCAACCACGAACCANAGCCGGGGGGAGAGCUCAUCUGACGAUUGGUGCGCGACACAUUUGGAUCACGGCUGUUUGACGGGCCUGACCUCGGCCAUGUUCAUUGACGAAGCAGCCAACCCUCCUCGUGUUGACUCUGCUGAAGUCUCGCCGUUGCCCGAACUGUUCUCGCCACCGGACCCGGCGGCCGGGCUACAUAUCCAUUCCCGCUCUGGCAAGGUGACCAAAGUCAAUAUCCCAAAGGACUGCCUUGCUUUCCAGACUGGUGAAGCUCUCGAGGUCAUCACCAAGGGUAAAUUCAGAGCGGUGCCGCACUUUGUCAGGGGUGCUGCACCCGGCAAAGGCGGCCAGGUUGCAAGAAACACCCUUGCUGUCUUCACUCAACCAAACCUGUGGGAGAUGGUCGAUGAGAAGCGUGAUUUUGCUACAUUCGCCAAGGAGAUUGUCGAGCGCAACCACUGA